AAGUACAGGACCUUGCGACUUGAAGCACUCCAGCAAUCACCAACAUCCUUCUCUUCAACUUGGGACAUCGAAUCACGCUUCUCCAAUGAUGCCUGGGUUUCACGGCUUCAGGGCCCGGACAAGGAAACUUUUGCAUGCGUUUAUCAAGAGGGACAGACCUCCUUAUGGGUCGCUCAAGUCAACCUACGUGGGCCACUUUCAGUCGACGAUUAUGCACUCCCAUCUCAAUCUGGCCAAUCACCGUCCUUAGACGGCAUGGAAGGCGAGAAAUGGCAGAUGCUCAGCCUGUACACCUCCAUCAACCACAGAGGGAAAGGCCUCGGUGCUAAGCUCUGUCGAGAAGCUUUCCGCUUCAUCGAACACCGACUUGAAACCGAGACGCAGAGUGCUACAGUACGCAUCAUGGUCAAGCCUGAGAAUGCUGUUACUGUUGACUUGUAUCAACGACUGGGAUUUGCCAAGAUUGGAUUGUGCACUUUGGAGGAGGCCUUGAAGGCGAAUGGAGAUGCGGACUUGAUCCCGGCAGGGAAUUUGGAGGAAAGGUACACUACAAGAUCAGGGAUUAUCAUGGUU